AUGGUGCGUGUGGCUGUGUUGCAGACGGGGACGACGGCGCUGUUCUUCGCGGCGCAGGGCGGCUUCGUGGACGUGGCGCAGCUGCUCAUGGACCACGGCGCGCCCGUCGACGCCCCCAGCCUCGAUGGAGGAACCCCCUUGUUUGUCGCAUGCCAGUGCGGCCACCUUGAUGUGGUGAAGGAGCUUAUUCGAAGAGGUGCUCGAGUGAAUUCAUUUAUGAAGGACCGCGCCACCCCGGUGUUCAUCGCUGCUCAGAACGGCCACCUGAAAAUUCUGCUGCUGCUGCUGGCGCAGAAGGCCGAGCCUGACACGCGCCGGACGGACGGAGCGACGCCGCUGUGGAUUGCAGCCCAGAUGGGCCAUGACCACAUCGUGCGACAGUUGCUCAGAGUAGGCGCCAAAGUGGACGCGGUGCGGCAUGAUGGUGCAACGCCUAUUUUCAAAGCUGCUCACAAAGGACACACUGCCGUUAUCGAAGAACUCCUUAAGUACAAACCCAACUUAGGACUCUUGCCAAAUGGUGAAAGUGCUCUCCAUGCUGCUGCUUUGUUUGGACAACUUUCAGCUGUAAAGCAACUCAUGGCUGCUGGAGCAGACCCUAAUUUACGUAACCAAGAAGGUGCAACUGCAGCCCAAUUAGCAAAGGAGACAAAUCACAAUCAUGUCGUAGAAUACCUUGCCUCUGCCGAGUGGAAGCGUGGACAACAAUUCACUGCCAAUCGCCACAAAAGCUAGGGUCAAUGAAAUUGCAAAAUGCUUAACCAUGGAUUGACUUGUGUUGUGACAGCUCAUUUCUUGCACUUUCUUAUUUCUUGAGACUGAGUUGCAACUGAAUAUGGUGUAUAGUUUUACAAAUGCUCCAAAAAUAAUUGCCUUCAUCUUGGGAUCAAAAGUGCAAAAAAACAUGAGCAUAGAAUUGUCUUCUGAGAAAUAGUAUUGAUAACAUAGAUCUACAUUGCAUUCGUAAUUAUGUAUAAAAUGUUUACAGCAAAGAAUAUAAGUUGAAUACUGAACAUAUCAAAAGUAUUAUUGUGACUAACGCAUUCAGAAAGAAGAAAAAUGUUUUGUUGAAUAUGAUACAAGCAGUAUUGUUUAUGAGAUUGUUGUGAAACUGAGAAUAAACUUUAUUUAUUUUUAGAAAAUUAUGCAGUAAGAGUGAAUCUCA